UUGAACGUGAUGAGAGAUUGCAUCAACGUAUUGUUGUAAAAUAAUUUCCGUUACCUACGUGUUCGGGAUUUCUUAGCUUUGCUAGCGCUUAAAUUAGCGCAAUUAUUGGCCUAUUAUUAAUCGAGUGUUAAAUAAUGCAAUUAAUCAUGUCGUGUAUAUUGGUGCGUUCAGUGAUAUGAUAGUGCUAUCAAUAUUGUCAAGCUCAGCUGGUCGCGACGAGCGGUAAAUCUCGCCAGUUUUUCUUUAAUUUGUGGAUAGCACUUUUUGUGCUCCAUUUCCCCGAGUAAAGUUAUGGGUUCCUAAACUAAAAACUUGAAAAAAAAAAUUAUAAAGUGUUUUAAGUAGUGAAUUAAAAAUGAGUGAAGUGCAAGAAGCAUCGUCCGAUGUAACAUCUGCAACUCCUGCGCCACCUGCACCAGCAUCUUCAGCAUCUUCUGAAAAUCUAUCAUCAGUCAGUACUACUACUGCCACAAAGCCAGACUCUGCCAGACCAUCAUCUUUGCCAAAGCCAUCGGGUUUGAAGCCUCCAACUAAAAUAGGAAGACUUUGUUCCAACUCUGCCCCAAAGCCAGCUGUCCCGAUCUCUCCGAGAAAUGACGGCAGUACGGACACGUUAAGGAAACUCAGCGACGACUCAUCGCGAAAACAUUUGUCAGACCUUAUCGAAGCCGACGAAGACGACGUUACCAGCAGUCUACCAGGCAGAGUAUUUACACAUCGGAAAGCGUCCACUAGCAGCACCUACAGCAUCACCUCAAUGGAUGCACUUUGGGAGAAGCACCCGCGCCGUCUCAGCGAGGCAGGCCUUAGAAGGUCUUCAGAUCACAGUGUCAUAUUGACUGAGGAUACUGACAGCUUUAUUAUUGGUGAACGAGUAUGGGUAGGCGGCACUAAGCCUGGUCAGAUCGCUUACAUCGGCGAAACACAAUUUGCUCCUGGAGAUUGGGCAGGGAUCGUGCUCGAUGAUCCUAUUGGAAAAAACGAUGGCUCAGUUGCGGGAGUUCGUUACUUCCAAUGUGCAGAGAAGCGUGGAGUAUUCUCCCGACUGACGCGUCUCACUAGAGUACCUCUAGUGACACAUGCACCACAUGAUGCCUCACCGGCCUCUGACGCGAGCAGCGUAUUCGAACGCCCGCCGUCUGGCAUCGGUAGACCCAGGCGCACUCUGUCUCCAAAUGGAAGCGUGCGUAGCGUUGUCAGCAGCAAAAUGAAUGCGUCAAUUUCGACAACGACCAAUGGAGAACUCCGAAUGGGUGACCGCGUCAUAGUAUCCAGUAGUCGCGGAAGUAAAGCUGGUACACUGCGUUAUGUCGGCGUCACUGAAUUCGCUCCUGGAGUUUGGGCAGGAGUUGAACUCGAUGAUCCGCUCGGAAAGAACGAUGGUUCUGUUGAUGGAAAGAGAUACUUCGAGUGCGCGCCUCGCUUCGGAUUGUUUGCGCCUAUAGCAAAAGUAUCACGGUCACCGUCAAACCGCAAGCCUGGUGCGUGUGCCAUACAUAACAACGGACGUGCAACACCACUGAGGCGCUCCAACUCUCGCGAAUCCCUGACGUCGCUGGGCACAUCGAUUGCGUCGUCCCGUGUGGGGGUGAGGCUCGGGGUGACGUCGCUGGGCACUCAGCGAGUCGGUGGUCCGCGCGCCUCCUCCACACCGGUGUCGGCGAAGAACGCCCUCCAGGAACUCCUGCGAGAGAAACAACAGCACCUUGAGAGGUUGAUGCGUGAAAGAGAGUUGGAGCGUUCUGAAGUUGCAAAGGUAUCGUUGCAAGCAGAGAGGGCGGAGAACGCUUUGGCGCAAUUGAAGAAAGAAGCUACUCAGUCGGCUACUGAAAAUGGAAAGCUUAAAGCUGAGUUGGAUAAGCUCAACAAACAGCUGGAGGACGAGAGGCAGAAGGUUGAAGAUCUCUUAUUCAGAUCAGAGGAAGAGAACAUCAAUAGGGAAGAUUACAAUAAAUAUAAGGAAGCCAUGGAGCAAGAAAAAUCAUCACACCUCCAUCGUAUUCGUGAGUUGGAAGCGGAGGCAGCGCUACAGGCGGCACGAGCUGAUACCACUGUUGCAGCGCUGCAAGCGCUUGAAGAUCAGCGCACUGCUGAAGCGGCAGCGAUUGCGGAACAGCACAAGGAAGAACUCUCCGCUGCUCAUACUCUAUCUUCAGAAUUGCAAAAACUAUUAGAUGAAGCAUACGCUCUUCUCAAAGAAAAAGAAAACGAGAAAGACUCACUAGGCAAAAGUAUGUCCGACGAACUAGCUCGAGUGAAAUCUGAAUCUGAAAAGGCUUUAAAUGAGGCCAAAACAAAGAUAGCAAUUGCUCAAACCGAAUUUGAAACGCAGAUAUCUGUAUUAUCGGCUAAUUUACAGUUGGCCGAAUCUAAAUUAGAGACUGAAAAACAAAAUCUCGACAGACUAAAUAAAGAAAACAGUCAAACAAUAAUAGAUUUAAAUACAAAAUUAAGUCAGCUUCAGGCUGCUGUUGACGACAAAACACUCGAGUUGAAUAAAGUUUUGGGCGCAAGUAAAGAACACGAAGUAAACCUUAACAAAGAAAUCACGAAACUGAAAAUGGAGCUUAGUGCUAAAGUGUUAGAUUUGGAACAGGUAGAAGACGCUAGAAAAAAACAAGAAACUAUUUGCAAAUCUUUACAAGAAGAAAUCGAUCGUGUCAAAGAAGAGUAUUCUAGUAAGGUUAAUGAAUAUGAAAGUUUAUUGAAUGAUGUAACCCAAAAGAAUGAAAAAAAUAAACUGGAAAUCAUGGAACUACAGCAAAGUUUAUCUGCCAAAACAAAAGAUUACGAAAGGUUAUUGACUGAAAGUAGUGCUUCUAAUAAUUCUACUGAAAAAUUAAUUAUAGAGUAUAAACAAACUAUUCAUGAGAGAGACAAAGAAAUUAUAAAACUAAAAGAUGACUUCGAACAAGCCACAGCCAACUUUAACAUUAAACAUAGUAAAAUUGCAGAAGAACAUAAAAAAGAAAUAGACAACCGUAAUACAAAAAUAGAACAACUUAUGAAAGAAAUUGAAAACCAUAAACAGGCCUUAGACCAAAGUAAAAUUGAAUUUGAUACCCUUAACUCUCAAUUUAUUAUUAAUGUAGAUGAAUUAAAAGCUCUAAAAGAAGAAAAUGAAAAAUUAAAACAAUCGGUUAAUGAAUUAACUCAAUUGAAUAAUGAUCUUAAAAGCAAAGUAUCUACAAUGGAACUGGAAAUUGGUGAAGGAAAAAGGCAACUUGAUAGUGUUUUGGAAAAGUGUGAUGAAUUACAAAAAGCCAAAGAAAAAGUUGAAACAGAGUAUUUAAAUCUUACAGGACAAGCUACUGAUUCUAACGAACAGUUCAAUCAGCUUUCACAGCAUCUCAAAGAAAGCGAAAAAGAACUUCAAGAAUUGAAAGAUAAAUUUAGAGAAACAGUCAAUAAUCACGGUAGAAUAGAACAAGAACUCAAACAAAAAUUAUUUAAAUUACAGGAAGAUUUCUCCUUAGAACGUGGUCAGUUAACACAGUCAAUUAAUGACAAUAUUGAAAAACUAAAAGUUGCAGAAAAUAAAAUUAAAGAAUUUGAAAAUGGAUUAUCUGAAUUGAACAACCGUUCAAAAGAAAUAGAAUCUAACAAUGAUAAAUUGCUAGAUGAAAACACUAUACUAAAAACAGAAAUCGAGGCAUUUAAGGUGAAAGAACAAGAAUUAAAUAAUGAAUUCGAAACUAUUCGCAAAAAACUUGAAGUUAAUAUUGACAAAUAUAAAGAAGAAAUAGCAGUAUUAAAAUCAGAAGGAGUCAGUUCUGAAGUUAAGUUAAUGGAAAAAGUAGAUCAACUGACUGAAGCUCAAAACGAUCUAAAUAAUAAAUUAGAAGAAGCUAGGAAACAUGAAGAUUCAUUGCAAAAAAUCUUAGACGAUAUGACUUCACAAUUGAAUAGCCAGAGAAAUCAAUACGAGAAAGAAAUUUCCGAAGUUCGUAACCAGUUGGCAGCCGUAAGUAAAGAAUCAGAUAAUCACAAAAUAGAAGAAAAUCGUUUAAAAGCGCUCCUAGAUGAAAAACAAAAUCAUGUUAAAGAACUUACUUUGAAAUUAGAAAUGCUUGAAGUAGAUUUAAAAUCAAAUAUAGAAAUAGUUACUGAGAAAGAUCGUCAAAUAAACCAGGUUAAUGAGGAAAUUACUAAAAUCAAUGAAAACAAAAAACAAAUAGAAGAGAAAUUAAGUAAUGCCUUAAUAGAAGCGUCAACUGUAAAGCAAAAGUACGAGACCCUCAUAGCAAAUUCUUCUGCUGAAGAAUCUAUAUUAAAGGAGCAGUUAAGUCAGUUAGACACAUUAAGGAAAGAAAUGGCUGUUUUAGUUCAAGAUAAAGCAUCAAUAGAAACGAAAUAUAACGACGUUUUGACAGAAUUGAAUGCAAUUAAAACUGACCAUAAAAAUAUUUGUAACAGAUUAGAAGAAAGCGUCAGCUCUUGUAGCGAAUUAAAGAAAAUUUUAGAAGACAAAGAAAUUUUAAUAAAAUCUCAGAAUGACCAAAAGAACGCAGAUAUAGGCAAAAUUAAAUUAUUAGAAGAAGAAAUAACAAAAGUUAAAGAAGAAAUAUCAGAUAAAGAGGCAUUAAUAAAGGAUAAAGAAUCGCAACUAGAAAAAUUAAAUGAGACUUUACAUCUGGGCACUAACGAAACAGAAGUUACUAUUAAACAGCUUCGGGACGAAAUUGCUCAAGUUAACGAAAAGCAUAAAAAUGAAGUGGGAUUAUUAAAUAAAACUGUAAAAUCUUUACAAAAUCAAAUUGCAGAACAAGGGAAGUCAUUAGAAGAAUUACAACAAACAAAAGAAAAAGUUAUAGAAUUACAGCAACAGUUAGAAAAAUCAGAACAAGAUAUAAAACAACUCACAAAUAUUAACGAGGGUCAAAAAUCAAACUACGAAGAUUUGAAUAAACAGUUGCAAUCACAGUAUGACGAAUAUAAAAAAGAAAGUAAACGCAUUAAGAAUGAUCUCAAAAAUAAAUUAAACGACUAUGAAAAACAGUUACAAGAAUCCAAAGAAAAAAUCAAAAUUGAAGUAGAAAAGCAAAAUGGACUUCAACAAAAACUUUCUGAGGCGGAAAGAAAAGUAUUAGAAUUAUCUCAGAAAUUAGAGUUGAUAGAUGUUCAACAAAGUUCGGACACAGAAAAAGAUACCAAAUUAGAGAAGUUGACAAUAGAAUUACAAGCUACUAAGAAAUCUAGCACCGACGCUUUAGCACUUAGCGAAGCUACUAUUAAUAAAUUUAAAGCAGACAUUGAACAGAAAAUAAAAGAAUUAAAGUUGAAAGAUGAUCUUGUAAAUAAAUUACAAGAAGAAGUUAAGAAUCAAAAAGCUAGGGUAGAAAUAGCAGAACGGGAGAAGGCGCUUUUACAAAAAGAAAUCGCUGCUAAUGGUGGCAUACGAGAUAAGAACGACAACAACGCGAUGGGUAUAUUGGGACAAGGCGACAACGCAUCUCAAAAAUUGAUAGAAGAAAAAGAGAUGAUCGACGGUCAAGUAAGCUUCUUGAACUCUGUAAUUGUGGAUAUGCAACGCAAGAAUGAACAGUUAAUGGCGAAAGUUCUGGCGCUCGAAGGAGGAACAGCAGUAAAUGAUACACCAACGUUCAACGGACGCAAGUCUCGGCCCGCGCCACGGCUGUUCUGCGACAUCUGCGAUGUGUUCGACGCCCACGAUACGGAAGACUGUCCGCGCCAAGCGGCAGACGCGGACGCGCCGCCACCGCCGUCUGCAUCCAAGCGGGUGCCGCCGCCGCCUCGCCCCUACUGCGAUAUAUGCGAAGUAUUUGGACACGCGACAGAAAACUGUGAUGAAGAGGAGACAUUUUAAUAAUAAAAUAUUAAUUGCAACAUUUAAUUAAAAUGUUACCGUUGUUGUUGUUACUCGUUUUAGUUGGGUAUUAUUUAUUAUUGUUUACCAUGCGAAUGGUAUAAUUGUUUACUAGUUAAUUAAUACCUUAGGAGAAUGUGUAAAUAAGAAAGAUUGAUCUUUUAAGUUUAUAAGUUUAUAAUUGCAUGACAUCCAUAUUUUACAAUUAUUUGGUGAAUGGUAUUAUUUUUUAUAAAUUUUUUUCAUUUGCAUUGUCUAGAUAUAAUGCAUAUUGAGAAAAUCUUUUAAAAAGCACAAAUCAAUUUUCAUCACAAUCAUGUUUUAACACCAUUCCAUCUGUUUUACGGCGAUAAUAUCUGAUAAUAAACACCAAGAUAAUCUUUUUAUAAGUAAUAAAUUAAUUUGAAAAUA